CUUCCGGGUGCCCCGCGCGGAGAACUCUGGGAACAAAACUGCAUCAUUCCCCAGACCGAGGCUACCAAUAUUUUCCCUUGCAGGACGACCAAAAUAUCCGGGGCAAAAACGGGAGAAAAUGGGGAAUUCAGACACCAAAUUGAACUUCAGAAAGGCGGUUAUCCAGUUGACGACCAAAACACAGCCUGUUGAGGCUCAAGAUGAGGCAUUCUGGGACCAGUUCUGGACAGACUCCGUCACCAGCGUACAGGACGUGUUUGCUCUGGUUCCCGCGGCCGAGAUACGAGCACUGAGAGAAGAAUCGCCCUCCAACCUCGCCACACUAUGUUACAAGGCUGUGGAGAAACUGGUAAUGGCAGCAGAGUCAUCAUGUGCUACUGCCAAGGAACAACAGACAGUGCUAAACUGUGUGCGCCUGUUGACUCGCAUCCUGCCAUACAUAUUUGAGGACGCAGACUGGCGAGGGUUCUUCUGGUCAACACUUCCCGGACAGGCGGGUGAAAACGACAGCCUGAAUGAUGAGGAUGGUGGAUCCAUGCCUUUGGCUCAGUCCCUCCUGAACGCCUUGUCGGAUCUGCUGUUUUGUCCAGACUUCACAGUGGCACCCAACAAGAAAGCUGGACCUGAGACCCAUGAAGACCUGCAGUCUAUCGACAGCUGUGAGUACAUCUGGGAGUCCGGUGUGGGGUUUGCCCACUCCCCUGCCCAGUACCCACACCACGACCAGAACAGGUCCGAGAUUCUCAAACUUCUGCUCACCUGCUUCUCAGAGACCAUGUACCAGCCACCAGCUCAAACUAAGAAUGGUGACCCCUUACCCAACCAGUGGCUCACGUAUUUUGCGUCCUCGGAGAACCGUCACGCCCUGCCCCUCUUCACGUCCCUCCUCAACAUCGUGUGUGCCUACGAUCCUAUUGGCUACGGCAUGCCGUACAACCACCUCCUGUUCAGCGACUACCGUGAGCCGACCGUGGAGGUCGCCCUGCAGCUGCUGAUCGUGGUGCUGGACCAUGAUAACGGACAGAGCGCCAUCUCUGUGGACGGGACAACCACUGGCACAGCUAUGGACCAAGGGGCUGAGAUUACAAGAGAGAUUCUGGCUCCCCAAGAAGGAUCACAAGGAGAACCACAGAACCUGUUUGUGAAUUACCUGUCUCGGAUACACCGUGAAGAGGACUUCCACUUCAUCCUGAAGGGGAUAACAAACCUGCUCAACAACCCACUUAUACAGACAUACCUGCCCAACUCCUGCAAAAAGAUCAACUUCCAUCAGGAGAUACUUGUUCUCUUCUGGAAGCUGUGCGAGUUUAACAAGAAAUUCCUGUUCUAUGUGCUGAAGAGCAGUGAUGUGCUUGACGUCAUCGCCCCCAUCCUGUACCACCUGAACGACUCCAGACAGGACCAGUCUCGUGUUGGCUUGAUGCACAUUGGAGUCUUCAUUCUGCUUCUGCUAAGUGGGGAGAGAAACUUUGGUGUUCGUCUGAACAAGCCGUACACCGUACGAGUACCCAUGGACAUUCCCGUCUUCACAGGCACUCAUGCUGACUUCCUCAUCAUUGUUUUCCACAAGAUCAUCACCACUGGACACCAGAGGCUCCAGCCACUGUUUGACUGCUUGCUCACCAUCAUUGUCAAUGUGUCUCCCUACCUGAAGAGCCUGUCGAUGGUGGCCAGCACCAAACUGCUGCACCUGCUGGAGGCCUUCUCCACACCGUGGUUCCUGUUCUCCAACCCUUCCAACCACCACCUGGUCUUCUUCCUGCUGGAGGUCUUCAACAACAUCAUCCAGUACCAGUUUGAUGGGAAUGCCAACCUGGUGUACACCAUCAUCCGGAAGAGAAACGUGUUCCACCAGCUGGCCAACCUUCCGACCGACAGAGCUUCCAUCGAGAAGGCUGUCAGCCGGAAGCGGAAAGGCUCGGAGGCGUCGCAGCGUCCCGUCCCCCAUUCCCCCGCUGUGACGGACCCCCCGUCCAUGGAAGGGUCCUUCCCAGCACAGGAGGCUCAACCUGGAACACUUAAAGCUACACUAGCAGAGAUGCCAGAUCGUCGUUCCUUAGGCAUUGAACGACUGACGGAGAAAAUGGAGGCCUCGUCCCUCGCUGAGCAGGCGGCAGAAGACGCGGACACCCCCGGAGCCGCCGGGCCGUCUCCCAGCGACACGGAAAGUUCUGUAGAAGACAAUAAACCUGCGGCUAGCACACCUGUCCCUCAGUCCCCCACCAGUUCCACAGCAUCUGUCCAGCCGGACUUGCGAGGAGCCGUUAAGAGAACAGCCUCCAUGAGCAGCAGAGAGGGGGGAGAGUGGAGACCCACCUCAGAAUGGGUGCAGUCCUGGAAGCAGAAGCUGCCUCUGCAGACCAUCAUGAGGCUGCUGCAGGUGCUGGUGCCGCAGGUGGAGAAAAUCUGCAUCGACAAGGGUCUGACCGAUGAGUCGGAGAUCCUGAAGUUCCUCCAACAUGGGACCCUGGUGGGGCUGCUGCCUGUGCCCCACCCCAUCCUCAUCCGCAAGUACCAGGCCAACUCUGGCACCACCAUGUGGUUCCGCACGUACAUGUGGGGCAUCAUCUAUCUCAGAAAUGUGGACCCUCCCAUCUGGUAUGACACAGAUGUGAAGUUGUUUGAGAUCCAGAGAGUGUAGACAGAGGAGCUGACAAAACCCAGGAAAGACUUGGAACCACUUAAGCUUAAAGGCUGUGCUGUUAGAAUAGUUUCAGCAGCAAUGGUUUUGAAGUUUUUCAUCACAAUGUUUUUUGAAAACAGGUACUACAAAAAUGCUUCUUGUAGAAGCUACAUAUACAUUGUAUACCAUUCAGUACAUAAUCAAACAUUUUGUGAGAAAGUAUCAUGAGAUAUAUUUCUUCAGGUGUCAACUAAAGCAACUUCACUGCAGCAUUUGAUAAAAGACUUCAAAACCAAGGAUGCUGAGGAAAAUAUUACAACUAGAGAUUAAAUUUGUCACAAAGUACAAGAAAUUGUGCACUAGAGCAAUGCUUCUCACCAAUAUACUAUCUCUCACACAGACACAGACAUAUGUACAUGCGCCAUGUGCAUUGUGUUCUCUUUCUCCUGUUACGUGAAAUGAAUAUUCAGACACUUCACUUGAAGACCCUUGAUGUUGAAAUCUCUCUAAAAGAGUAAUUUAGCCGGUGGAUGGCUAGCUAACUUUUGCCAAUGCUGCAAUCUCCCAAAACCUGAAUCCAAAGUGACUGCCUACAGUGCUUAUUAACAAUAUCUAACGGUGAAAAUACCACUCAGGAGUCAUCCCUGUACUGUAUGUAAAGAAGAAGUUACUAUGUCCUCUCAAUGUAAUAUUCCAGAAUAAACAAAGGUUAAGGUCUUAACGAUGUAAAGUAUAUUUUGAACCAUGGUACAUGUAAGGUGCCAAGUGUCAGUAUCCCAUGAGUUGGAUGGAAAAAAAUCAAGACUUGUCUAAGUGUUAUGAUUUAGUGAUGCAUUUAGGUUUGUUUUUGUGGAUGAAUUUUGUAGCUGUCAUUCAAAUGACUGGCUAUCAGCAUAAUGUUAUACUAUUCUGAAAUCUAUGAUAUCUUCUUUGUACAUGUGAUUUAUUGUGAAAAUUGUUGUAUUGGAAGUUUUGUUAAGGAAGGAAAAAUUGUGAAAGAAUUCUGGUGUCAACAAAAGACACCAUUUACAAGUUUUGUUUUAGACUCUGACAAAGCCUUUGGUGUUGUCUGGUGUAUCUUAUUUUUAGGUGUUAUGUCAAAAGGCUAUGUACAAUGCUCUACAAUAUGUUAUAUGUUACAUUCCCCCAGCAGUCUAUGUUUGUGGUAAGAUGAUUGUAAAAGUCAAGUUUUGCAGUUAAAGUUGCAAUAUAGUGAUGUGUGAAUAUUGUUGUUAGUUCUUUUUAAGUGAGAGAAAUGGAUUGUAAUCUACCGCUGAGUGAAGUAAUCAUGAUCGCGUAUCACAUCAAUGAAUGAGGGAGGUCACAAUUGUGUAUAGGACUCGGUGGGCCAACCAUUCCAUGGGAUGAAGAAAGGGGCAUUUUAACCUUGAUACUGUCCUGAACACUAUUUAUCUAUGUGUACAACAUUCCAUUGAAACAACAACAUCACAUAUUUCCAAGCUUUAGUGCAAUACAAAUCCUUGUCCAUUUUGUAAUUCACUUACAUGUAGUUCACGUUCUAAGGAUAUUUCAUUCUAAGGCUGUGCAAGCUGUAUAUAGAGCUAUAUAUAGAGCCAGAUAUAAGUGUUUCUUUAUUUAUUGUGGUAGAUCCCAAGAGUGUAAAAGGAUAUUGAAAGUUACCAUAUAUGGUGUAGGACAUUGGUCAUGAAAUUAUUAAAAGUGGAUCCUUAAUUGCCAAGGCA